GAUGCGGCGCCGGCGGGCGGCCGUGGCCGCGGGUUUCUGCGCCUCCUUCCUGCUGGGCUCCGUUCUCAACGUGCUCUUCGCACCGGGCUCGGAGCCUCCGCGGCCAGGCCAGUCCCCGGGAACCUCGGCAGCCCCGGGCCCGGGCCGUCGCGGGGGCCGUGGAGAGCUGGCCCGGCAGAUCCGGGCGCGCUACGAGGAGGUGCAGCGCUAUUCCCGCGGGGGUCCCGGGCCGGGAGCCGGCCGGCCGGAGCGGAGGCGCCUGAUGGACCUGGCUCCGGGAGGGCCGGGCCUGCAGCGUCCCCGGCCCCCGCGGGCCCGGUCCCCGCCCGACGGCGCUCCGGGCUGGCCCCCUGCUCCCGGCCCGGGUUCCCCCGGCCCGGGCCCGCGCCUGGGCUGCGCCGCGCUCCGCAACGUGUCUGGCGCGCAGUACGUGGGCUCAGGCUACACUAAGGCUGUGUACCGGGUCCGCCUGCCCGGCGGCGCCGCGGUGGCGCUCAAAGCAGUGGACUUCAGCGGCCACGAUCUGGGCAGCUGCGUGCGCGAGUUCGGGGCGCGAAGGGGUUGCUAUCGCCUGGCGGCCCACAAGCUGCUCAAGGAGAUGGUGCUGCUGGAGCGGCUGAGGCACCCCAACGUGCUGCAGCUCUAUGGCUAUUGCUACCAGGACAGUGAGGACAUCCCGGACACACUGACCACCAUCACAGAGCUGGGCGCCCCUGUGGAAAUGAUCCAGCUGUUGCAGACGUCCUGGGAGGACCGAUUCCGAAUCUGCCUCAGCCUCGGCCGCCUCCUCCACCACCUAGCCCACUCCCCUCUGGGCUCAGUGACUCUCCUUGACUUCCGCCCCCGGCAGUUCGUGCUCGUGGAUGGGGAGCUGAAGGUGACGGACCUGGAUGAUGCUCGCGUGGAGGAGACACCGUGCACUGGUGUUGCCGACUGCACCCUCGAGUUUCCAGCCAGGAACUUCACCCUGCCCUGCUCGGCCCAGGGCUGGUGUGAGAGUAUGAAUGAGAAACGGAACCUCUACAAUGCCUACAGAUUCUUCUUCACAUACCUCCUGCCCCACAGCGCCCCUCCGGCCCUCCGGCCUCUGCUGGAUACCAUCGUCAACGCCACAGGAGAGCUCACCUGGGGGGUGGAUGAGACCCUGGCCCAGCUGGAGAUGGUGCUGCAUCUGUACCGGAGUGGCCAGUACCUGCCAAACUCCACAAGUAGCGGCGCAGAGUACCAACGCAUUCCAGACAGUACCAUCCCGCAGGAGGACUAUCGUUGCUGGCCAUCCUACCACCAUGGCGGCUGCCUCCUGUCCGUGUUCAACCUGGCUGAGGCCGUCGAUGUCUGCGAGAGCCACGCUCAGUGCCGUGCCUUUGUGGUCACCAACCAGACCACCUGGACAGGUCGGAAGCUGGUCUUUUUUAAGACUGGAUGGAGCCAAGUGGUCCCUGAUGCCAGCAAGACCACCUAUGUGAAGGCCCCUGGUUGACUGGUUGUGGGCUCAGCUGACCAGCUGGUGUCUUUACCCAGCUGGGCUUGCCUGCUUCGGGAGUGACUUGCACUUGAGACGUUGCAUAUCCCCCUGGGAACCCCUGCAGAUAUGAAGCAGACCGACUAACGUGACCAGGACAAACGUGCAAUAUGCAAAUAUGUUUUUUUAAAAAAAAAAUGUGAGUUUGCCAGCUUAGGUCUGAGGCUGUUGCUCCCAGCCUGAGCAUCACUGGUUGAGAGCCGACUGCCUCUCUGGAGCUCUGGGCAGCGAGCGGGGCUCAGGCUAGUCUUAACUGGGACAGUUCCAUGGGCAGCCCCAUCACUGCAUUCAUGGUUUAGGAAUGUAGCCAGGACGCUGCUGCUGCUGCUGCUGCUGCUGCUGCUGCUGCUGCUGCUGCAUAAGCCACAGCGGGCAGGAGCCGCAUGGGGACAAUCAGUCAGAGUGUUCUCUCAGCUCAGCUCCGCAUGAGGAGCUGCUGCGGGAUGCUCCAAGCUGUUGAGUGAACCAGUACCUGGGGAGGCUGUCUCUGGCCUCUCCCUAGAGGUUGCUCCUAGGCCAGCCCAGGGGUCCUGGGCAGUGGUGCACACGCGUCCAUAUGAGCCGAGAGACGAGGGUGGAGGAGCAGAUUGCAUUUGAGCCAGGACCUGGGGUGGGGGUAGAAUGGAAGCCUUUCUGCCUCAUUUGCUUUCAGUGAAAGCCACCAAGCAGCCAAAACCAGGCCCCUCUCCCUCCUGGAGUUUGCAUAUCCGGAAGCUUUUGUACUUCUUGUUCAUUAAAUUGUUUAUUUUUGUAAAAAAAAAAAAAAAUUAAUCGAUUAAUAAAAACGAUGUUUCGGGACAAAGA